ACCGGGCAUCUGUGAUCGCCCCUUUAAAAUGCCCCGCACCCCCGCGCGAGGAGGGCGAUCACCGGAGACGACGACGGCGGCGCUGAUCGCGCCCGCACCCGUGGGAGAGCAGAGCACGAGCCCACCGCCACGACACGCACGAGCAGGAUGGCGAGCCUGACCGUGCCGCCGGUGCCGAAGUGGCCCCGCCAGGACGCCAUCGACCUCCACAGGGCCUUCAAAGGGUUCGGGUGCGACAGCACGACGGUGAUCAGCAUCCUGGCGCACCGCGACGCGGUGCAGCGCGCGGCGAUCCAGCGCGAGUACCGCGCGCUGUUCAACCAGGACCUCGCCCGGCGCGUCGCCUCCGAGCUGAGCGGCCACCACAAGCGCGCCGUGCUGCUGUGGAUCCUGGACCCGCCCGCCCGCGACGCGACGAUCCUGAAGCAGGCGCUAACGGGGGACAUCACCGACCUCCGCGCCGCCACCGAGGUGAUCUGCUCCCGGACCCCGGCGCAGCUCGAGAUGAUGCGGCAGGCCUACGCCGCCCGGUUCGGGUGCCCCGUCGAGCGCGACGUCGCCGAGCGCGCCUCCGGCGACCACCGGCGGCUGCUGCUGGCGUACCUGGCGGCCACCCCGUGGCGCGGCGACGGGCCCGCGGACCCGGCAGCGGCGGCGCUGGACGCGCGGGACCUGUACCUGGCCGGCGAGCGGCGGCUGGGCACCGACGAGCGCGCCUUCGUCCGCGUGUUCAGCGAGCGCGGGCGGGCGCAGCUCGCCGCCGCGGCGCGCGCGUACCGCCACAUGUACGGCCGGACCCUGGAGCAGGCGGUGAAGGGCGAGACGUCGGGCGGCUUCGGCUUCGGCCUCCUCACCAUCCUCCGCUGCGCCGACAGCCCGGCGAGGUACUUCGCCAAGGUGCUGCACAAGGCGAUGAAGGGGCUGGGCACGAGCAACUCGGCGCUGAUCUGGGUGGUGACGACGCGGGCGGAGGUGGACAUGCAGCACAUCAAGGCGGAGUACCACAAGAUGUACGGCCGCUCGCUCGCCGACGCCAUCCACUCCGAGACCUCCGGCAACUACCGCACCUUCCUCCUCUCCCUCGUCGGCCGCGACCGCGCCUACUACUGAUCGCCAUCGUCGUGUCGCAGCAGAUGGGGACUCCAUGGCUGCCCUGCCCAUUCCGGACAGCGAAGCAACCGCCAUUGCCAUCGCUGCGGCCCGUGCUGCCUCCAGCAGCGAAGUAGCAUCAUGCUAUGUCUAUGUUCUUGACUUCUUGCACGUAUGAUGGAAUUGAUCAGUGAUCAAUCUUCGCGCACAUACAUUGCCCGCUGAAUUGGUUUCUUCCGUUCUCAGUUUCGGCA